AAAUCCCCAUUGAACUUUGAAGUACGUUUUGCAGGAUUUGUCCUUGUACUUGUAGAAUAUCUCGUGCAUCGUACCAAGAUAUCUGGUCGUGACUGUAACUCCGAGAACAUUGCUAUCAAGUAACUAGACUGUGACCUGAUCCAUUUUCGUUAGGAGCAGUGUCAAGUUUUAUAUCACUUGUACCUCUGGUUUCGGCGCCUCUUGGAAAUGUGCUAAAUAUUCUCUGGGUACUAGAGAGGAGCAGACAUCAGCGAGAGAGUCUUGUUCUCCUAGGCUGUAACGAUUCAAUCGAUCACUCAGAGACGAGUUGGCAAUCCGCUACACUGGCCUACCGUCGUUGUUACGCUGCAGUAGGUGUGUGUGGAGGAGUGAUUGAUUCAGGGCCGAAGCUUCCCCAGGCUAUGCUGUGUCGCUUGUAACGAGAUGGUCAUGGUGGUCAUUCUCUGUUCACCUUCCACGGCUGGCAGUACUAGCUGGAGCACUUGUCGCAUUUGAUCUCCAUCGUCGCACAGCAGUGCAGCAGCACAACACACAGGGCCAGGGUGACUGCAGAGUGAGAGUGAUCGUCACGGCCCUGAACCGGUGGCCCUGCAACAAGUGCAAGCCUGAGCCGGCUGAGCCUGUCUACGAAGUAUGGCUGCAUUCGGUGGUCUGCGUCAGUCUGGCUUGGAGCGAGUGCUGAGUGCAUCGCGCGACGAGAAAUCAGCAAUGGUGAAAAGCUGGAUUGACGACAUACCGCUGAGCAGACCAAAGAGGCACAUUGGCCGUGACCUAGCCGACGCUGUGAUUGUGGCGGAGAUAAUACGAUUCUAUCUUCCAAAAUUUGUGGAAAUACACAACUACGUUCCGAGUCACAACGUCAAACAGAAAACUACAAACUGGAAGACGUUGAAGCGGAAGAUUCUGUCAAAGCUAAACCUAGAACUUUCAGAGGACAUGAUUCAAGAGCUGAUCAGCAGUAAGUCCGAUGCCGCCGAGGAUUUCUUGCUCAUGCUCCGUGACAAGAUAUUUGCUCAUUUGGAGGAGCAGCGCCGAAGGGCACAGGCCAGAACCCUGAACUCCAGCAACGCUUCCUACUUAGACGACUUGAAGUACGGUAGCUAUGAUGCAGCAGCUGGAAGGGCACAUACUCGUCUGGUUAGGCAAGACAAUGGUCUACACCAAGGCAACCACCACCAUCACCAGCUACAAAGCUAUGGCGGCUUGCCACCGAUAGGCGUUUCACAGCAUACAGCCUCUGGACCUCCCUCACAGCGGUCAUGGCCCCCGGAGCACGCACGAGCGAUCCACCAACGUAAUCGAGAUGCAUAUGCUGAGCUUGCGAGUGCCGGUGAAAGAGCAGCUCCUCUAGGCCAGGGGAAAGGCAGUGCACUUGAUUCCAAUGGCGUGUGGCCAACGGGGGAGGACAUUGCAAUUAUGUUGGAGGAGAAGGAGCAAACUAUCCUCGAGCUGCAGGAGACUGUACAGCUGAUGACAGUGAAGGUUCGACGCCUGGAGGGACUAUUACGAGUCAAAGACUUGAGAAUUGAGGAUCUGACAUCACGGCUGACAAACAUGGUGUCCGGAGCAAGCCCGGAACGGCCGCCAAGAAGGAAAUGAAAUGAUCCAUCUCUCCUCUUCUCACAACUACACCGACAUAUGUUGAUAGCACAGCAAGAGAAUCACUGCUUGAAAUAACUGGCUCUUUGCGAUGCGUGCAUGCCUACUUGAAGUGCUUUAUUCAAAGAUUGUUGAUAACACGUGCCAACAUUGGUAUGAACUAUUUUUCUUGUUGAUCCAAAGUAUUUUAUGAGAACAAUACGCAGUCCUAUUCAAAGAACAUGAGAUUGAAACAAAAAUAAUAACUGUCGUAAAGGUG